AUUGUGUUGUUUGCUCAGCAGCGCUCUAACAGGAACUGACGUUUGUGUCUACGACUACACAAGCAAAAUUUCCAGCCGCAGGAAAAUGUCCAACUUGAGAGAUCGUGCAGAUUAAAGGUCCUGCGGUCAGAACUCAUUUUUAUUACUGUUGACUCCCCCUCAUGUUUAUGGCAAGGCAAAGCUGACAUCAUGGCCCAGAUAUCCAGUGGCAAUGGGUAUAAGCAAGAAAGGCCAGCCUCUCCGGGAGUGGUUCGGCCAAAGGCUCCAGUGGGUAGGGAGGAGGCUUUGCGUAUGGAGGUCGAGGCUAUGGCAAAACUGCAACGUGAAAAAAGAAACACACUUCCUGCCUCCACUACAAAAGCUCAGGCCUGUGUAUUAGCAUCUGGGACCACAAUUAGUCGGCCAGAAAAAGAUCUUAUUGUCUUCCCUGAAUCAGAGACCAAGAACGAGGCAGAAAAAAACACAUUUGCUGACAUUGAUGUAGAAAAGUUGACACACAAGGAGCUGGAGAACCUGCUUUUGGACAAUAACUUUGGCAAGACCAAAAGUAACAGACCCUUGUCUGUAAUAGGCUCCAACCUUAGUGCGUCCUACCCUGGUAGCCAAGCAUUUAAUCCAUCUCCUUUUCACUGGAGCACUGCACACUCCACUUCAAAUUCCACUCUAACUACUCCAGCACAGCCACAGGCACCUGUAUUUCCUUCAACAUCUUUUACCAAACCUCCCUGCUCAUUCCCAAAUGGAUUUACCCCAGUGAUGCCACCAUUCAUCCACCACCCUGCUCAGCAGAGCCCCUUCCUCCCUUUCACGCCAAUCCAGCCCGCUGGUCCUCUGGUCUUCCAGCAGCCUGUUGUCUCUCCAGAAAUGGCUAAGCUCUUUGACAAGAUUGCUAGCACCUCAGAGUACUUAAGGAACGGCAGGUCUUCCAGCCUGGAUGCAGAAACUGUCAGUGUCAGGUCUUUGGUGCCUGUGCCUCAGCUUGCUGAUCCCCUCAGCGUGGAAAGCUUUGAUUGGUUGGAUCUGGACCCUCUCAAUAAGUGUCAAGGAAAGCUGGAAGAGGUGUCAGGUUCAAUAGGUGGAGGUGAAACAGUGAAGUCUGUGCCUGAAGGAGAUCCGUGGGAUGCAGUGUUGCGAGAAGAGACAGAGGUUCCUGGGAGCAGCAGUUCUUCAGGAAACAGCAAGUGCACUAUGACUAGGAGGGCAUCUUUUGAACUAACAGUGUCCAAGAGCCACUCUUCUAAAAGUUCAGCAACAUCCACCCAACACAGCCAGAGUAAACAGGUCACUGAAGAAAGCAGAAAUGGCCUUGUAAAAGAUUCAAUUUUACAAGAAAAUGGUGCCCAGAACCUAGAAAUCAAAGCUUUUUGUGAAGACAUUGCAAAACUAAGGUCAAACUUUUCUUUUGAGGACCCCUCUACCAAUCCUGGAUAUGCUCUCAGCCCAGUGAUAUUUCAAAGGGAUGGAGGUGGCAACAACAGCAGCAGUGUGAAAGUUUCUAUAGAGAUUUCGGACUCUCGGCAGCCUGUGACCUUCACCUGUGAUGUGAGUUCACCAGUGGAGCUACUGAUAAUGCAGGCACUUUGUUGGGUCCAUGAUGACCUCAGCCAAGUGGAUAUCGCCAGCUAUGUUCUGAAGGUCUGUGGCCAAGAACAGGUCCUGCAAAAUAAGCAUAGCCUGGGCAGCCACGAGUAUGUGCAGAACUGCAAAAAAUGGGAGACAGAAAUCCACCUCCAGCUCCUCAUCCUUAGUGCCAUGAGAAGAGACCUGGCACGAACGGUUGAUGAUGACACAUCACCCAUAGAUUUGGAGAAAUAUUUAGUUGAUGUUGUGAGCCCUUUUAAGGAGACAAUCACAAGGGAUGUCCUUACUCAGCUUUUAGAGGAAUAUAACAAUCAAGUGAACAUCUACCUGCAGAAUAAGAACAACCAAAAUAAAACAGUGGAGCAUUUAAUACAAGCUGUUAAGAAUCUGUGUAGUUUGCUGGGCGAGGUGGAAACACCAGCCAUAACUGAUGCUGUGAAGAGACUAAAACAUUCAGUUAACCUUGCUAGAACCCACUCACCAGAGGGUGGUGUCCAACCUCCAACCUCAACUCACAGCUGUGGGACUACAGUGGAUGAGAACAUUGGGACUCUUACAAAUGCAGUGUAUGAUUUAAUUAAGCUCUAUCAACGUUCCUUCUGCCUGCCCUUCUCUGUGGACCAAGAAAAUGCAAAGGAGCAGAAAGACAGCAGAGAGGCCUAUACCACCACUGAGCAUGUACAGUUUACUCUCUUUGGCAUACAUGGCAUUUCCUCUGCAUGGGUCAGCAGUUACGAAAAAUACUACUUAAUGUGUGCCCUGACACACAAUGGCCGAAAUCUUUUUAAGCCUAUUCAGUCCAGGAAAGUUGGGACAUACAAGAGCUUCUUCUAUCACAUCAAAUGGGACGAAUUGAUAAACUUCCCCAUUUCUGUUGCUUCAUUACCUCUGGAGACCAUAUUAAGUCUCUCACUGUAUGGCAUUCUCAACCAAAAUGCUAGCAAUUCUCCGGAUUCCAACAAACAACAAAAAAGCCCAGAUUUAUUGGGCAAAGUCACAAUGACUCUCUUUGACUUCAGGCGAGUGUUUGCUCAGGGGACUAAGUUGCUGAGUUUGUGGACAUCUCAGUUUUCCUUAUCUGGAUCUGGGGGGAAGAGGAAAAAUUCAGCAGAGAGACUUAUAUUGCAGAUAGACUUUCCCAGCACAUCACUGGAUGUGAUGUACGUAGAUCUGAAAGAGAUAAGCUGCCCUGACCCUCAGUCUCUAGAAAUGCCUGAUCCAGACACCCGGAGAAGAAUUGAAAAGCUGUGCACAGGGGCUUCUGUGUUUGGAUUGUCGCGCGCAGACAGACAGCUGCUCUGGGAUUGGCGGCACUACUGCCGCGGACAUGGUCACAGCCUCCCUAAGGUCUUAGUCAGCGUACCCAGCUGGGCCUGGGGCAGCAUGGCAGAGAUCAAGUCACUCCUACAACAAUGGCCUCCACUUACUCCUGUCUCUGCAUUAGAGCUGCUUGAUUUAAAGUUUGCAGAUACAGAGGUUAGGAGCAUGGCAGUAGGAUGGAUUGACAGCUGCAGUGAUGACGAGUUAACUGACUACUUACCCCAGCUUGUGCAGGCCUUGAAGUUUGAAAGUCAUCUCAACAAUGCCCUGAUUAAGUUCCUUUUGACUCGAGCACAAAGAAAUGUUAAUGUUGCACACCACCUUUACUGGCUGCUCAGAGAUGCGGUACAAGAGCCAGAGUUUGCUCAGCGGUAUAGCUAUGUGCUUGGAGCGCUGCUUUGUUUGUGUGGUGCUGGAAUGAGGGCGGAAUUAGAAAAGCAGUCAUGCCUGGUGCAGCUACUGGGUGCUCUGGCUGAAAAUGUGCGCCAGUCCUGUAGCUCCAGUCGACAGAUGGUUCUUCAGGAGGGUUUAGAAAGAGUCCAGUCAUUUUUCCAGAUGGGUGACUGCAGACUUCCCCUUAGUCCAAGCUUAGUGGCCAAGGAGCUUAAUAUAAAGGCCUGCUCUUUCUUCAACUCUAAUGCUGUGCCACUGAAGCUUGCCCUGGUCAACUCAGACCCACUGGGAGAAGAAAUCAAUGUCAUGUAUAAGGUGGGAGAGGACUUGAGGCAAGACAUGCUUGCACUACAGAUGAUUCGGAUCAUGGAUCGGAUCUGGCUACAAGAAGGGCUAGACCUGCGUAUUGUCAACUUUAAAUGCAUCUCAACUGGAAAAGACAAAGGCAUGGUGGAACUGGUCCCAGCAUCAGAAACUUUAAGGAAGAUUCAGGUGGAGUAUGGAGUUACAGGCUCCUUCAAGGACAAACCUCUGGCUGAAUGGCUACGCAAAUACAAUCCUGCUGAAGAUGAGUAUGAGAAGGCCUCGGAAAACUUUAUUUACUCAUGUGCAGGCUGCUGCGUGGCUACCUAUCUGCUGGGCAUCUGUGACAGACACAAUGACAAUAUUAUGCUGCGCUCCACAGGCCACAUGUUUCACAUUGAUUUUGGGAAAUUCCUUGGCCAUGCACAGAUGAUUGGAAGUUUUAAAAGGGACCGAACACCAUUUGUUCUUACCUCAGACAUGGCCUAUGUCAUCAACGGUGGUGAGAGACCCACCAGUCGCUUCCAACUUUUUGUGGACCUGUGCUCUCAAGCCUACAACCUAAUACGCAAACACUCGAGCCUUUUUCUCAACUUGCUGUCUUUGAUGACUCAUUCAGGCCUACCUGAGCUGACUGGAUUCCAGGACCUGAAGUAUGUAUAUGAUGCACUGCAACCACAGUGUACAGAUGUGGAGGCCACUAUUUUCUUCACAAGGUUGAUUGAGUCUAGCCUUGGCAGUGUUGCCACCAAGUUUAAUUUCUUUAUCCACAACCUUGCCCAGCUACGUUUCUCUGGUCUGCCAUCUAACGAUGAGCCCAUCCUGUCUUUUUCCCCACGCACAUACACACUCAAACAGGACGGCUUGAUUAGGGAUGCUUCCGUCUUCUCUUAUCAGAAGAGAUACAACCCUGAUAAGCACUACACGUAUGCAGUCCGUGUUUUGAGGGAGGGCCAGAGUGAACCUCAGUUUGUCUUCCGCACAUUUGAUGAGUUCCAGGAGCUGCACAACAAGCUUACCAUCCUCUUCCCUUUGUGGAAGCUUCCAGGGUUCCCCAACAAAAUGGUGCUGGGACGCACACACAUAAAGGAUGUGGCAUCCAAGAGGAAGGUGGAGCUGAACAGUUAUGUACAUAACCUGAUGAGAGGUUCUGCAGAUGUAGCCCAGUGUGAUCUUAUUUAUACAUUCUUCCACCCCAAUGCAAAAGAUGACAAGACAGAAGGAUUUGAUGGACUGCCCAAAAUACCAGCAGAGGGAAUACCACAGAGUCCCACUGCAGGCUGUGUUGGAGGUGAAGUAAAGUUGUCUGUAUCUUACCGAAAUGGCACACUCUUCUGCAUGGUCAUGCACAUCAAAGAUCUGGUGUCUGAAGACGGAGCAGAUCCAAACCCAUACGUAAAAACAUACCUACUUCCAGACCCCCAAAAAACAUCAAAGCGCAAGACAAAGGUUGCCAGAAAAACACUGAACCCCACUUUUAAUGAAAUGCUGGUGUACAGUGGCUACAGUAAGGAGACACUGAAGCAAAGGGAGCUGCAGCUGAGUGUACUCAGUGCUGAGUCUUUGCGUGAGAACUACUACCUGGGUGGAAUUACACUCAGUCUCAAAGAUUUUGACCUGAGCCAAGAAACAGUGAAGUGGUACAAGCUCACAGCAGUCCCUUAUUUUUAGACUGUCACUGAAGGGACCACAUGCUUUCAACUGGGUCAGCUAUGGAGAGCAGAUUAGUUUCAACCACAGCUUCAAAUAUAUUUAAUAGCCGUCUUUUUGAUGCUCUAACUUUAGAUCUAUGUUUGAAUAUUUUAAUAAUUGGGGGGUGUACAUUUUGUCAUUAGAGGACCAAAAUUACUUACUUAACAGUAAAGAUUAUUUUACAUAUAGGGUUAUUUUUUUACACAUAUAAUAACUAUUAAGUACUGUAAAGUGUUUAGGUUUUCUAAGUAAGCACAGGAGAAUCAGAUAGGUUCCUGAUCAUUAACGUCAUGAUCUUACGUAAAUUCAUUUCUGAUCUUCCAUGGAAAAAAACAGGGAUUUUUGUUGGGGAUAACUUAAAGAUUUGUAUUGGAAUUAUUGAUGCACUGAUAAAUUAAUCAAGUAAAAAUCCUUUAAACUCCUCCUCACCUCCAGUACAUACUGUAGAAUGCAGACUUAGCUGGCCAGCUUUUAUUUAUUAUAGCAGAAAAAAAAACAUUUGUGCAUUGGCAAAUGUUAGAAAUAAACAUUGAACAUGUCUUUCGUUUAGCUUCUCCUAGCCACUAGUAUGAACAUUAUAUGUAUAUCUGAAUUUCAAUCACACAACCAGAUUUUGGCCUAAAACAUUGGAUCAUUAUUAAAACUGGGUAUGAGUUUUUUUUAUCUAAACCCCCAGCACAUUUUAUGCAGUGAAUUUUUGUUAUGUUAAAUAAUCUAUGUCAUGCUUUGUCUUAAAAUCUGUGAGGGGAGUUUAAGAUAUCUUGCAUGACUUACUGUUUGGUUACAAAGACUAUGCUCAGAGGUUUUAUAUAAAAUGGAAUUAAGUUAUCCCCAAAACAAACUAUUUUUAGUGAGGAGGUUGACAUCUGUUCUGUGUAAUUCACUUUUUAUGACAAGGGAACAUUGAAAUUACUUCAAGCUGCUGCUUUUUGGCUAUUUAGUAAGCUAAAAUUCAACGUUUUUACGGUAAAUUAUUUAAAAUUAUUUACACCCGAGUUUUUGUAAUGAUUUUUCAUUCAUUUCAUUUUCAAGUUUUACCACCACUUUAUCCUGGUCAAGGUCACGGUGAGUCCCAUGUCCAUGUCUGUAUGUCCCCCUCCCCCCCCCCCCCCUUUUUUUUUUAUGUAACCAGUUAUAUCUGUAUAUAGAUGCUCAACCAAUUUGAUAGCACUGCUGGGGAUUUGAACCUUGAUCCCAGUGGUACUGGCCUAGCGUCAUUUACCGCUGCUACACCUGAGCGCCUUUUGUAAUGAUGUCAUGAAAAAAACUCCAGUUUUUCAUUAUUUAUGUUUGACCUCUUCAAAUCAGUGUAUGCUGUAAUCUUUUCCACUUAAAAUUAAUAACUUUAAUCAUGGAAAACAAUACAAAUCUGUAAAAUAGAUUCUUUAUAACAUUUAGACUUUUUUACAUUAUGAUGAAAUAGUCUUGUAUUACAGUCUGGCAUACCAAAUAAAACAAGAUACCAGGAUGUGGGAAUCUAGUUUUCUACUGUUGUUGAACAGGUGACAGCUCA